GAGACGGAACUAGACGGAUUUUAUUACGAAGUAGUUGCGUCCAAAGAGUCAAAAGUUUGCACUUGAAAAACAUUUUAAAGCAAUCCAAUAGUCCACCAUGCCUCGUAUUAUGAUAAAAGGAGGUGUGUGGCGGAACACAGAGGAUGAAAUAUUGAAAGCAGCUGUUAUGAAAUAUGGAAAGAAUCAAUGGUCUAGAAUCGCUUCUUUGUUGCACAGAAAAUCUGCAAAGCAGUGUAAAGCAAGAUGGUACGAAUGGUUAGAUCCAAGUAUUAAGAAGACUGAAUGGAGUCGAGAAGAAGAUGAAAAGCUGCUUCACUUGGCAAAGCUAAUGCCGACUCAGUGGAGAACUAUUGCACCUUUAAUUGGCAGGACAGCAGCACAAUGUUUGGAGAGAUAUGAAUACCUUCUUGAUCAGGCACAAGCUAAAGAAGAAGACAGAGAAGAUGAUGAUCCGAGAAAGCUUCGCCCAGGAGAAAUUGAUCCAAACCCUGAAACAAAACCAGCACGACCAGAUCCUAUUGACAUGGAUGAAGAUGAGCUUGAGAUGCUGUCUGAGGCACGUGCUCGUCUAGCGAACACACAAGGCAAGAAAGCUAAAAGAAAAGCCAGAGAAAAACAACUUGAAGAAGCAAGGCGUCUGGCAGCACUGCAGAAGAGGAGAGAGUUACGAGCUGCUGGGAUUGAAAUCAAGAAACACAGAAAGAAAAGAAGAGGAGUUGACUACAACGCUGAAAUUCCAUUUGAAAAAAGACCAGCACAAGGGUUCUAUGAUACAUCCAAUGAGAAUCUACCUGAGUACCAGCCAGACUUCAAGAAGUUAAGACAGGACCAUCUGGAUGGAAAGAUGAGAGAUGAGAUUGAACAGCAAGAGAGAAAAAAGGACAAAAAACGAAUGGAAAAGAAGAAGGACAGUGAUCUUCCCAGUGCUGUGAUGCAGAUCAAUAAACUAAACAACCCAGACCAUGUGAAGAAGAGAAGCAAACUUGUUCUCCCAAAGCCACAGAUUUCAGAUGGAGAAUUAGAAGAGAUCGUUAAAAUGGGACAAGCUAGUGAAACAGCAAGGGCAGCUGUAGAAGAUGGCAGUAGACCAUCUGAUGCUCUCCUAAGUGAAUAUAAUGUUACUCCUGCUAUGAGUCAGGCACUCAGAACACCACGCACACCUGCUGACCAAGACACUAUCAUGCUGGAAGCUCAAAAUAUCCUGGCAUUAUCAAAUGUGGACACACCUCUGAAGGGCGGCAUUAAUACACCUAUGCAUGAGAGUGAUUUCCAGGGUGUGACUCCAAAACCACAGGACAUCCAAACCCCAAAUAUGUUGUUAGCUACUCCAUACAGAACACCUCAAGGAGAUAGUACAGGCAGUACACCACGUACGGGAGCUACCCCACUUCAGGGUAGUGGAGCUACUCCAGGACGAUCAUCUGUCAGGGACAAACUCAACAUCAACCCAGAAGAGGCUCUGAUGGAGGAACAGGAAUCAGAGUAUGCCAUGAAACAACAACAAAAUGAAUUAAAGAAGCAGCUCAAGGCUGGUUUGGCCAAUCUCCCAGCACCAUCAAAUGACUUUGAAGUGGUUCUGCCAGAGGCACCAGUAGGAGAUGAGGAGCAAAAAACAUCUGAAUUUAUUGAAGAUGCAGCUGAUGUGGAUGACAGAAUGCUUGCUCUACGUGCACAACAAGAGGAGUUGGAGCGAAGACGACGAUCUCAAGCUGUGCAGCGGGACUUGCCACGCCCUUCCAAUACCAACACUUCUGUUCUUAGACCCUCUAAUGUUGAUCCACCUCUUAAUACUUUACAAGUGGCAGAGGAAUUAAUCAAGAAAGAGAUGAUAGCAAUGCUACGCAACGACAUCGUCAACCACCCAACAAGCCAACAGAUAGAAGCUCUGACCAACAAGAAAACAAAAAACACAGCACAGAGUGUCAUCACUGCAAACAGAGCCAAACUGGAACGAGAACCGCUAGAUAACUUCACAGAUGAAGAGAUGGCCAAUGCUAAAGCCUUGCUGGCAAACGAGAUGGACAUGGUGAAGCAGAAAAUGUCUCAUGGUGAUUUGCCCUUGGAUGCUUACUCCAAAGUAUGGGAAGAAUGCUACAAUCAGGUUUUGUUUUUGCCAUCACAACAAAGAUACACACGAGCUGCUAUGGCUAGCAAGAAAGAUCGACUGGAAUCAUUAGAAAAACGCUUAGAGUUAAAUCRCUUCCAGAUGACAGAAGAAGCCAAACGAGCUGCAAAAGUAGAAAAGAAACUCAAAGUACUCCUUGGUGGUUACCAGACGCGAGCUGUCGGACUAGCUAAACAGAUAUCAGACGCGCAUGAGCAGUUGGAACAGACCCACGUCGAGAUGAAAACAUUCCAGGCAUUACGAGAACAGGAGCUGACAGCCAUUCCAAAAAGAUUAGAGUCCCUAAGAGAGGAUGUCCAAAGACAAACAGAGCGUGAACGGCAACUACAAGCCAGUUACGCACAGCUGUUAUAUGAACGCGAUAACCUGAUGUCAAAACUACAGAUCGCACAAUAGUACCCUGUUAGACCAAAUGUCACACCCGAUACCAGAAGAAACACAUGGAAUGUUGGCCUGUUGUCUUUUAUUAUUAUUAUUAUUUGAAGGACAAAAAAAAGAUUUUGAUCUAAAUGAUUAAUAAUUUGAUAUAAACAUUGUGUUGGGGAAAGAAAUUGCAAAUCAGGAUAGUCCGACGAAGCUUGAUUCCAAAAGAACAAAUCAUUGUACUGAUGACUCCUUGAGGGCGAGUGAAAACGUUUGCCUCCGUUUGUAUUACCAAACUCAUCUGUGUGCAGCCUCUUGCCCUAAUGUUGGGACGAGAGAGAGGGCUGAACAUUUCUACUAAAUUCAAUUAGACCCUUUGGCAAAAUGGCGACCGCAAAUUGCCCUAUUUCAUAAUGACGUCACAGCUUGUUUACAUGGGGGACAGAAUCACCGAAAAUAAUGAGAAUUUCGACAAAAUCUUCUUUCUCUCCGAAAGUUUGGCUUCAAAUUGUCCAGCUGUAUGUUAUGUGUCAAGGUUUAUCCUUCGAUAUUAAUAGCAUUUUGUUAAUCCUUCCUUCUCUGUUUUGUAAAUGCAAUUUAUUGUGUUUUUUCCUUUGUAUUUUUGUCAUUCUGUCCCCCUCUGGCGACCAUAAUCCUUAGCGUUAAAACAAUAGAAUGUUUUGAUGUGACAGUAAUGAUAAAAAGGUAAAUUAUACACUGUGAAAAGAUGAAAAAACUCACUAAAACAACUUACGAACAGUGUUUUGAUGUGACGUCACUAUGAAUAAAUGAAACUUCAUCAGUCGGUUCCUUUCAUAUUUUUGUCUGGUGGCAGCGAUAAACGAAAUUUCAGCGUGUAGCUUGCAGACAGGGUUCGCAUGUUUAUGAAAAUUGCAGUAAGACAAUUUCCGGUAUUAUAGUACACUCUACAAAAUGACUCGAUUCUGAUUGAACAAGAGGAGUACAAUUAAAUCCCUAAUUGUACUCUGUGGAGUCCUGAUUAA